CAUCUUGAAUCAAGAAUCGUAAAUCCGAUCCAACUUAUAUAUUCUCAAGCCUGGUCCAGUGAUGAGAAAGUCUAUUUCUCUCACAUCAUGGAGAAUAUCACUGUAGCUGUAAUCGGCGCAGGUCCUGCAGGACUGGCUGUAUUGAAGAACUUGAAAGAGGAAGGCUUCAAAGUCACAGGAUUUGAGAAACGAGAUAGUGCUGGAGGAGUUUGGGCAUAUUCUGAAGAUCCCUUGACGACGUCGACUUUACCAGAGACUGUAUCCAAUGUCAGCAAAUAUGGUGCAGAAUUCUUUCACAGAUUUCCCAAUACCGGAUCAUCUCCCAUCACAUCUCACCUCAGCUCAGACAUGCGAAUACAUCAAAUCCUACGCCUCUCACUUUGAUCUGAAUCGGCACAUACAGUUUAGCACAUCCGUCAACUGGAUCAAGCGCAAUGCCGACGACACGAAAUGGCAAGUCUGCACUAGCCGUGCCCGGAAGGAAGUAACCAACGAUUUCGAUAAAGUUGCUAUCUGUAGUGGACUUUCUACAAAGGCAAUCAUUCCCAAGUUUGGAGGCGAGGAGAAAUUCAAAGGAGAGAUUCUACACGUGCAACGUUACAAGAGACCAUCCGACUUCAAGGGGAAAAGAGUGUUAGUAGUCGGCAUCGGUAACAGUGGAUGCGACACAACAACCCAACUCAUCGGCCACGCCAAAGAUAUCUACCUCUCCCAUCGCGGAGGUGUGAAGAUUCUCCCUCGAAUCGUCGACGGCGCCCCUCUAGACCUCGUCGUCACCCGCCAAAAGAACGUCAUCAAAUUCGUCUUAGAUCGCUACCUCACCUCAGUCGCUCGCUUCCUCUUCGACUGGACAAUCGAGCGCUACUCCAAACAAGCAUUCAAGCUCGACCCCGCCUGGCGCCUCUCCCCCGCCCCCUCACUCGCCAACCACCAGCCCGUAAUAUGCGACGGUCUAGUCGACAGUCUCUGGGCCAAAGAAGCAACAUCCGUCCACGGCCUGAAACGAUUCAUCAGCGAGGACAAAGUCGAGCUUCUAGACGGCACAACCUUAGAAAUCGAUACCGUGAUCCUCUGUACAGGGUAUCAACCCGACUUCUCUAUCACGCCUGACUUCAAUCCUCUCGAUUCAGAGAAAGGUAACACGGCGGGUAUAAACGCCACUCCUCUCGCUCGCUUAUAUCAAAAUAUCUUCCCACCAAAAUACGCAGACUCCCUAGCGAUAAUAAACUACAUCGCCCUCGCCGACGGCGCCAUCACCAUCUCCGACCUCGUCGGCAUGGCCCUCCCUCAAAUCUGGAACGGCAACUCACCCCUCCCAUCCCUCUCCACCAUGAACGCCUCUAUCGACAAACACCACGAAUGGGUACGCGCCCUCGGGAGGGACGAUAGCGUGUAUACGGGAAUCGUGCGGCCCGGGCCGUGGUUUGCGUUUCUGAAUAGCGCGGCGGGGACGCGUGUUGAUGAGAUGUUGGGGUAUGGGUGGGAGGGGUGGAAGUUUUGGGUCAGGGAGAGGAGGUUGUGCGGGUUGUUGAUGAGGGGGGUUAUGACGCCGUUUAUGUAUAGGGUUUUUGAGGGGGGAAAGAGGAAGGUGUGGAGGGGGGCGAGGGAGGCGGUUGUGCAUGCGAAUGAGGAGGUGGUGAGGGUUUAUGGGAAGUAGGGGUGGUGCUAAGAUGUAGAUGGAAGAGAUGAUUAGGUAGAUUGGGUUGAUGGAAAUAGAGUCUAUGAUUAAGCUGAGGCGGAGACGGAUUAGAAGAACAGUCAGUCCACUCGACGAGGAAUACGAAUAAAUUUGCCUUUCGCUACCCCAUACCUGAUACAUCGACAAGAGAUCUGUGAUAUG